GGUUUUUUUGAAGACUCGAUCCGGUUAUAGGUAAGAAAAACGCUUGAUUCGAAAUAUGUUACAAUCUCGUAUUUUUCCUCUCGCGUGGUACCUCAACGACCCGUCGUUUUUCUUGCAAUUGAUCUCGUUCCUUGGUGCGUGAUAUGCUUCAGAAUUCCCGCUGUACAUAUUCGAAGGGACGACGAGACCAAAUUUACCAUCAUAUAUUCGCAUGGAAAUGCGGAAGACGUCGGUUUAUCACUUUCCUAUUUAGAUAAUUUGAGCCGAUGCUGUGACUGCAAUGUAUUGGCCUACGAAUACUGUGGGUACAGCAUUUCGGAAGGUGAAGCAUCCGAGAAAAAUUGCUACGAGUGCAUCGAUGCAGCGUAUCGGUAUCUUGUCGAGGGGAAACGAGAACCGUUCGAAGGAAAUAAGAGGGUUUCUGCGCAGACAUCUAUCCCCGUGGAUCCUUCCAGAAUAGUUCUAUUUGGAAGAUCACUAGGAACUGGCCCAACAGUGGACCUAGCCGCGAGGUUGCUUUCCAGAACCGGCGAAAGCAGAUGCAUUGCCGGAGUUGUCUUACAAUCACCAUUGGUACGUACCGAAACAGAAGGGAAUUUCCGUCAAAAAAUUCGUGCAUUAUGUCAUCCAUUUAAAGCAAUUUCCAACACUUGUGUCAAAUUUCCGAUUUGUUUGUUGUAUAUCGUUUGAUCGGUCGUCGGUCUUUCAUUCAAUGUAGGAAAGCGCAGGACGAUGCGUCUUGGGGGAAUUUGCUUCAUGCGCUCUGUAUCCCUUGGAUCUGUUUCGAAGCUAUGAAAAGAUCGAAAAACUUGCUCCCGUUCCUGUUUUUAUAAUGCACGGUGUCGAUGAUAAAGUAGUGCCCUGUGCGAGCGGUAGAGCUUUGUACACUUCUCUGACGAACGAGCGGAAACGACGCCAAGCAUUAAAGAGGAAGAAUACAACGAAAAACGAUAUCGAAGGCAAGCCGUCCGUGGAAUAUUCACCGAAGUGGAUUGCGGGUGUAGGACACAAUGACAUGCCAGAAUUUGAGUGUAUGAAUGACGUUGCAAAGUUCUUAAACUUUCUCGAACAGCGACGACGAUGAAAGGAUAGACUACGUAUCUUCGUUUCUUUCAGUCGGUGGGACAAAGAUAUUUUGUGUACAUGAGCAAAUAUUAUUUUUUAAACUAAAUUAAGCACGCAGUG